AUCAUUUCCGCCAUUACUGACGCGAAUUUUUGUGUGUACAUUAUAUAAAUUUGUUGUCUAAAAUUGUACAAUAUAUUGUGUUAAAUAUAAUCAAUAAUAUGCCCAAAAUGCGGGGUAAUGUGUGCAUUAAAUUUUCAUGUUUUUUCUUGCGCGGAGAAAUUCGUUGUAGCAGCGAUUACGAACAAAAACCACGCAUUUUAGCCCAAAACUAAUUAAAAUUAUAGUGCUAAAACACUUACAGCAACGGUGGCUGUCCCGUGUGGCUGGAAUACGCGUGUGAAAGUCAAUGCGGAGAGUGUACAAAGCAAGUGAAAAUUGUAUUUCCAUCGUUCGAGUAGCAGCAGAAGCAGCAGUACCACAGAGCAAUAAAAAACGCAAGCAAGCAUAGCGCGUGUGUGUGUGUUUUUUUGUGUACGUGUAUGUGUAUGUGCAUGUCGAUUAUGUGAGUGUGUGUGUGCGCAAAGUGUAUGCAAAAAGAAGAAGAAAAACAGAAGAGCAUUACAAAAAGUAGAAGGAAAAAAAAACAGCGUAUUGUUGGUCGUCUGACGACGAGUUUCACGCGCCCAACAGCACCAACAAAAGCAAAGCAAUAAAGAGAGUGAGAGAGAGACAGAACGAGAAGAGCGAGAAAACUUGAAUUUUCAUAUCGUAGAGGGCAUAAAAAGGCUUAACACUGGACCGGAAGCGUGUUUUUAAAGGGUGAUGGCGGCCUCCACUCAAGGAGAAAUUCGAGUGGGUCCCGGCCACCAGGUAAACGAUGUCUAUGCAAAACUGCCCGAUUAUAAUCCAAUCUCAAGCUUCCCCAUCGACAAGGAAACCGAUGAACGUGAACUAGAGGAAUCAAGAUGGAGUCCAGGCGUUGUGGCCGAUGGCGAUUUGUUAAUGUUCUUGCGUGCUGCCCGCUCGAUGGCCGCAUUUCAAGGAAUGUGUGAUGGCGGACUAGAAGACGGUUGUUUGGCUGCCAGUCGCGACGACACAACAAUUAACGCACUCGACGUGCUCCACGAUUCUGGCUACGAUCCAGGCAAAGCUCUACAAGCACUAGUUAAGUGCCCCGUUUCGAAGGGCAUCGACAAGAAGUGGACCGAGGACGAAACGAAAAAGUUUAUCAAGGGUCUGCGACAAUUUGGCAAGAAUUUCUUUAGGAUCCACAAGGAUCUGCUGCCGCACAAGGACACCCCCGAGCUGGUCGAAUUCUACUAUCUGUGGAAGAAGACGCCCGGCGCGAACAACAAUCGGCCGCACCGGCGACGCAGACAGAGCGCCCUGCGACGCAAUCGUGUCACGCGCGCAAAUAAUAAUACACCUCCCAAGAAGGAGGACACACCGGAACCACAAACUGCGACGACGGCGGCGACGGCGACGGGGUCGGCGUCAGAGACGGCGAGUCGCUCAUCGCCCGCUGUCUCCAAGGAGGAGAACAGCUCUCUCACCGAGGACGACGCCAGCGAGUGUGACAGUGAUUCGAGUCUGACCAACAAAAGGGAUGAAUCACCCUCUAGGAUGAGGACGCGCAAUAAACAACAGAACAACAACAACAACAACAACAGCAAUAACAACAACAGCAGCAGCAACACCACCACCAACAGCAGCAGCAGCAGCAGCACGGCCAGCAAUAGCGGAGGUGGCGGCGGUGGUGCGUCCGUCGGUGGCAGCUCUGCGGGAGGCGGAAGCGCUGCUGCAGGCGCCACGGCCACCAACAGCUCCUCGAAGGAUCAGUCCACCACCAACAACGCUGUGGCCAAUGGCAAGCGGCCCAAGCGAGGCUCCGAGACGCCCGAUGCCGGCGGUGGAGCCUCCUCGGUGGACAGUCCCAAGACUCCGACCAAGGCUGUGGCCGAGAGUUCGGCUACCAAGCGCAAGGGCGGCAAACAGGACACGCCCAACAAAAAGAAGCGCACCGAACAGGAGCAGGCGAACGACCAGGCAGCCAAUGCUGGCGUGGGAGCGGGAGGCGUCGGUGGAUCGGACGAAAACAUCAGCAGCUUGAAGGAGAAGAGAAAGCAGCAGCGGCCCGACAGUCCCGUGGAGAGCAUGAACUCGGACAGCAGGCCGGACUCUGUGCUGGACGACGGCGAGUCGAAUACCACGGACACGACCACCGCCGAACAGCAGUCGACCAAGGACAGCAAGGAGUUGAUGCUCAACUGCAAGGAGGAGCGGGAGAUGGCCACCAACGAUGGUGAUGGCCUCCACCUGGAGCCCAAAACGGAGGAGAAGUCCAUCAAGGCAGAGGUCGCCUCGGAGGACUGCAGCAAGGAGGCGCUCUCGAUCAAGAACAUGGACGAGGAGACGAACAUCCAGGCUCCGAACAGCGUGGAUGGGCUGCUGCUUAAGGAUUCCCCUGCCAACACAAUCCAGCAGGACUGUGGUGUGCCUCCGGUUAACACCGUGGCAGCGCCCCUCACCAUGAAGGUGCCGACCAUUGCCACUGUGGAGGCGCUAAAUGCCUCUGUGGAGCGCAAGGAGGCCAUCGAGAAGAUGGAGACCUGCGAAAGCGAUCCCGAUCUGCUCAAGAAGCUGGCCACCAUCAAGCAGGAGGUCUCUCCCCAACAGCAGCAUCAGCAACAGCAGCAGCAGCAGCCGCCCCAGCAGCCGCCGCAGCAACAGCAGCAGUUGAAUCCCAUAUCCAUUCAGCCGCCACCUGCGUGUCCGCCCACGGAGGCGGUGUAUAUCAAGAAAGAGCCCAUGGACGAUUCGAUGGAUGCCACCUGCAAUCAGAACAGCAACGAACCGCAAGAUCUGAAGGUGAAGAUUGAGAUCAAGAACGAGGACUCGCUGAAGCACAACGCGGGAGGACUGCCGCUCACGGGGCCUGGGGUGCCGCCCACCUCCAUGCAUUCCCAUUCGAUGGCCGGUGGCGAGAGUGGGCAGCCGCCUUUGGGUGAGCCGCUGCAUCUGUCGCAUCUGCCACACGGCCAGCAGCCGCUGCAGCCACCUCCCGCCAGCUAUCUGAUCGAUGCCCAGCUGAAGUACGGCCCGCCGGGAGGACAACAGCAGCAACAACAGCAGCAGCCUCCACAGCUUCCGCAGCUGCACAGCGAUCCGGCUGGAGCGGGCGGCAAUGGACCACCCCAAGGCGGACCCAACACAUCGCAAAAGUACCCGCCCGAAAUGGAGAUGAAAUUCACGCCGCAGGAUCUCAAGUAUCCGCCGCCACCGCCGCUGGACGCACUCAAGUACAGCCAGGAGAUGCAGGCGGUUGCCGCUGCAGCAGCCGCUGCUGCCGCCGCCGCCGCGGCUGGCAAGUACGACAUGAAGUACAUGAUUGAGCAGCCCGGCAAGUAUCCGGUGGAGUUGUCCGCCGCUCACCAGCCGCCAUUGAAGCAGGGCUACCAGGAUUCCCUCAAGAUACCCGACGUCAAGUCGGGCUUUGGCCAUCUGCCGCACAACAUGGCCUCCCAGCUGGACGUGGCCCACAAGUACGGACCACCGCCGACGUCCCAGGAGCAGCAGCAGCAGCAGCAACAACAACAACAACAACAACAACAACAACAGCAGCAGCAACAACAGCAACAGCAGUCCCAGCCGCCGGCCCAUCAGGUGCCGCCGGGUGCCACGCCACCGCCGGGCAUAGCCAUGCCCAAGCCGCAUUAUCAGCACGAUGUGCAGACGCCGCCAUUGGGACGGCCCUUCGAGCCUGGAAUGAUGCACAAAUACGGAGAUCCUCUGGCGGCCAAAUAUGGCCCGCCCCAGCCGCAGGAUCUGAAGUAUCCGAUGCCACCAGUCGUCUCCGCGGCGGGACCCGUGGACGUGAAGCCAUACGGCGAGAACCUGAUAAAGUCCUCCCCGUAUGGCCCGCCCCCGGAGAGCCCUAUAGACGCCUCGUCGCGCUCGACGCCAGGCCAGGACAGCCAGGGCAGCAACAGCAACUCGCAGCCCUCGUCGAUGGCCCCACAGCCGCAGCAGUUCCAGUCGCCGCAUCCCUCGCCUCACAUGCCUUCACCCGCAGGCGGCGGCCUGCCGCCUGGGAUGCAUCCUCAAAAUCUCAUCCAUGGCCUGCCGCCGGGUGGGGCCGGUGGACCCCAGCCACCGCCACCGCCCACAUCCCUGCACCAGUCGUCGAGUGGUGCGCCGGGCGUUCCGCCGGGUAUGCAUCCGGGACUGCAUCCGGGACAGCAUUCGCAGAUGUCGGUGGCCUCCUCGAUGCCGCCCAGCUCGAUCGGGAUACCACCCACGCUGUCGACGAUGGCGCCCUCGCAUAUGCAUCCCCACAUGCAUCCGCAUCAUCUGCAGCAGGUGCUCCAUCGGCCGCACGACAUGCCACCCAGCAUGCAUCCGCACGCUCCGAUGGCCAUGUCCCUGCAAGGACAUCCGCAACAUGGUCACGGACUGCCGCCCUCCCACGCCCCCCAACAGCAGCAGCAGCAACAGCAGCCGCCUGGAGGUCCCGCCGGCACAGUGCGCACUCCAUCGCCAGCCCAGCAUCCGCCACGCAGUCUGCACGAUCCCCAGUCCCGGGAGCAGCCGCCCACGUCGCAGCCCUCGACAACGAUGGCCGGAUCCGGCGGUGGUCAUGGCAAUCCGCACCAAUCCCCGCAUACGCAUCGCACAUCGCCGCUGCCGGGACUGGCGGGGAAUGGCCAUCCGCCGCCGGGACUCAUUGGCCACCCAAUGCCCAUACAUCCGCAUCUGGCGCAUCUUCCGCCGGGUCAUCCGGCCCAUGCGGCUCUCGCACAUCCCGGACACCAUCUGCUGUCGCACUCGAUUGCCGGUCUGGGGCCGGGCGGCGGACCCAUCGCUCUGCUAGCGGGUCCCGGAGGACUGGGCGGCCUUCCCGAAUCCGCCCUCAGUCGUCGCACCCCGCCCAGCCAUAUGCCCCACUCGCACGUCUCAUCGGCACCGAAUACGCCCCAUUCGGUGGCCUCGAUGACGUCCAGCAGCAUGGCUCUGACUACCAGCACGGUGCCGUCGUCGGCCUUCAGCCGUGCCAGUCCCAGCGUUCAGAUCUCGAGUGGAGCCGGUUCAGCCGGACCUGGCAGCAGCAGCAGCAACACGCCUGGCGGUGGCCAGAGCAACUCCUCGGCAGCCGCAGCAGCAGCAGCUGCCCAUCGAGCAGCCUCUCCAGCCUCCAGUGUGAGCAGCCUCAGUCGCCAGAGUCCGCUGCAUCCGGUGCCGCAGUCGCCGCUUAGCCAUCAUCCCUCAUCUUCGGCAUUGUCGGCGGCUGCGGCAGCCGUGGCCGAGCGGGAUCGCCAUGCCCUGCUGCGACAGCAGUCUCCACAUAUGACGCCGCCACCCGUGUCUAAUGCCUCGGGACUGAUGGCCAGUCCGCUGAGCAAGAUGUAUGCCCCGCAGCCGGGCCAAAGGGGGCUAGGCACGUCACCGCCGCCGCAUCUGCGACCGGGAGCCUCACCGCCGGUUAUACGGCAUCCGCAAAUGCCGUUGCCAUUGCCUCUGAUUGCGCCGGGAGGAGGCAUUCCACAGAUCGGAGUGCAUCCCGGCCAGUCGCCGUAUCCACAUCCACUGCUGCAUCCCUCGGUCUUCUAUUCGCCGCAUCAUCAUCCCUUCAACUCGCAUUACGGCUAUGCACCGUACGGGCCUGGUUUCCCGGCCUACAUGAAGCCGCCUCCACCGUCGGGACCUCUGGAUCCCGCCGCCGUGAUGGCCGCCCACCAUGCCGGCCUGCAGGGUCCGCCGCAGCAGCAGCAGUCGCGACAGGACGAGCAGAACGCCGCCGCUGCUGCUGCGGCGCGAGAUGCAGCCGAGAAGCAGCACCAUCAGGCGGCGGCCGCAGCGGCAGCCCAGCAGCAACAGCAGCAGCAACAGAUGAAGGGCCCGCCCCAGCAGCAGCAGCAGGGCGGUCCGCAGCCCAACAAGCCGCCGACGCCAAAGACGCCCCAGGGUCCAGGGGGACCGGGUGUGCCAGUCGGCAUGGGUGGGCCCGGAACGCCGACGGGCCUGCCGCCGGGUGCCUAUCCGGGCUCCCAUAUGCCCGGCUACCCGCCUGGUCCGCCGCACGGCUCGCCUUUUGCCCCGCAAGAUGGUCAGCAGCACGGCAUGAAGCCCACUUCCCACAUGGAUGCCCUGCGAGCACACGCGCACUCUGCCAACUCGGCAGGCAUGGGCGGAGGCCAUCAUCCAACGGAGCCAUUGCCCAUUGACAUUGAGCCGGAUCCGGAGCCAGAUAUACCCAGUCCCACGCACAAUAUACAACGUGGUCCCAGUCCCGAGGCCAAGCCGGACGACACCGAAUGCCAUCGCUCCCAGUCUGCCAUAUUUGUCCGGCACAUCGAUCGCGGAGAUUACAAUUCCUGCACGAGAACGGAUUUGAUAUUCAAGCCGGUGGCCGACUCGAAGCUAGCCCGAAAACGGGAGGAACGGGAUCGCAAGCUGGCCGAGAAGGAGCGCGAACGGCGGCAGCAGCAGCAACAACAGCAACAGCAGCAGCAACAACAGCAGGCAGCAGCCGCUCAACAGGCGGCCCAGCAGGCCAAAAUGAAAGCGGAACUAAAGCCCCCGUAUGCCGAUACGCCAGCCCUGCGACAACUCUCCGAAUACGCACGCCCCCAUGUCGCCUUCAGUCCUGUUGAACAGAUGGUGCCAUAUCAUCAUCCAAUGGGCCCCAUGUACAGAGAGAGGGAACUGGAAGAGAUCAAAAACGCACAAGCCGCCGCGGCGAGUCAAUCCCGCCUCGAUCCGCACUGGAUGGAGUACUACAGACGCGGCAUACAUCCCUCACAGUUCCCACUCUAUGCGAAUCCGGCGAUAUCGCAGAUGGAGAGGGAACGUUUGGGUAUACCGCCACCGCAUCACGUAGGCCUUGAUCCGGGCGAGCACAUGGUGCGUAUGAUACGAUUGACGAGAGAAUAUCAUGCACACUCUCAUACUCAUUUACAUUUGCCUUUGCAUCCACAGCCGCAACCACCGGAGGCCGGUUUCCAACUGCCACCGAACGUUGGCCAAUAUCCACGCCCAAAUAUGCUUAUACCUAGGGAGCCGCACUCGGAUGUCCUGCUGCGCAUGUCCUAUGCCGAUCAACUACAGUAUUUGCAGGCCGCCGAAUUCCAGCGACAAUCGCUGCACGAUCAAUACUUUAGAAAUCAGCUGCGUUGAUGGGGAUCAUCGGAUAUUGUAUCUCGAAAGACUACUACAACAACACCCACACGAACACCACGAGACACCAGACACCACUUACUGACCAAGGCAUACAGAAUCAAAAGAGAAAAAACCUUCAACUACAAGAAAAGCAACUACAAAACUAAACUAGACAAAAAAAAACACGAUGGUCGCAAUAUUUUAAGUAUCCUCUUUAUAGUGUAUAGUGUUAAA